AUGAUUUCAGCUCAGCGUACCAGAGCAGCUCUCACUCCUCCGGCUAGACCGAUUGAAACAGCUACGCCUCGUAAAACGAAAAGUGAGGAAUACGUCAGUACGAAGCUGGAAAUGCUCGACGACAAUAUUUGUGCAAAUGAAUGCAUAUCGUUAGCUGGCGUAUCGUUAGUAGCGCUAGCACACAGCUCCCGCGACAGCUCAUCACUGGGAGAAAUGAAAGGCAACGGCGAUCGCUAA